AUGGCUUCCUCAAGCGGAACAUCUUCAGGUUCAGGUUUGUCAUCUCCGGCUCAAAACUCUGGUUCGGAGGGGGAUUUGCAGCUUCUGAUGGAUCAGAGGAAGAGGAAGAGGAUGAUAUCGAAUCGUGAAUCGGCGAGGCGAUCUCGGAUGAGAAAGCAGAAGCAUCUGGACGAUCUGGUGGCUCAAGUGGCUCAGCUCAGAAAAGAGAAUCAGCAAAUUCUCACGAGCGUGAAUCUCACCACAGAACAGUACCUACGAGUUGAAUCUGAAAACUCUGUUCUCCGAGCUCAAGCCAGUGAGCUGAGAAACCGGCUCGAAUCUCUGAACGAGAUAAUCGAUUACUUGAAUGCGAACACUUUGAUUGAGCCCAACAAUGGCUUCUUCAAUCCGAUGAACAUGGGAUAUCUGAACCAUCCGAUCAUGGCUUCUGCAGAUUUAUGGCCGUGAUGAUGAAAUGAUUUAAUAAUAUUAUGUCAUGUAAUGAGAAAUCUGUCUGCUUGGGGCUUUCAGGAAUUUGAAUCAGAGUCAGUUGAGAGAUUAAAAUCACUACCAGAUAGAUAGUGAUGAUAAAUAAUGAGGUUGUAUCUUACUCUAAGGUUGCUGAAUGGUGGUUCUGUAUAUGGGGCCUCUUACGGUUUAUUGUGAUUUAAGCAUCUAUUAUUGUUGUUGUUGUUGUAUUA